CCCUGCCGCCAGCCCUGCGCUCCGCCAGCCGCCCCUGCGCAUCGCCACGGCCACAGCCCCGCAACAUGAAGGCGCUGCUGCUCGCCGUGCUGGCCGCGGUGCUCUGCGUGGAGAGAGCCCACACACUCAUCUGCUUUUCGUGCUCUGAUGCCUCCUCCAACUGGGCCUGCCUGAAGCCUGUCAAGUGUGGGGAGAAUGAGAACCACUGCGUGACGACGUACGUCGGAGUGGGACUCGGCGGCAAAUCCGGCCAGUCCAUCUCCAAGGGCUGCUCCCCCAUCUGCCCCAGCGCCGGGAUCAACCUGGGAAUCGCGGCCGCCUCCGUCUACUGCUGCGAUUCCUUCCUGUGCAACAUCAGCGGCUCCAGCGGCGUCCGGGCCAGUUCCACCCUCCUGGCCCUGGGGAUCCUCGUGAGCUUCUUCUACGUCCUCCGGGCUCGAGAGUGACGGGGUUGGCCGAGGCAGAGCCACCUCCCGGAGGCCCCCCCGUGGGUCUCACCAGCCAAUAUCUUCUCUGUCGCUGUCUGCAAGGAGAUCCUCCACUUCUCAGCGGGCUUCCGAGGCCGUCGUUUCCCAGACUUUCUGCUCUUCCAAGCGUCGGAGCCGUGGGCGGUUCGGCCGAGCUGUUCUCUCUCUCUCUCUCUCUUCCCGUGGACAAACCCCGCUGCGCCCUCGCGCCUCCUUGGCCAAGGUGGAUCGUUUUGGAAGGGUUUUCUGCUUUUCUACCUAAUAAAUAACCUCCCCCCUCGUUUCUAAGGUUGGUUAAAAGCAGGCUGGGACUCGCCAAGAUUAACCCCCCACAGCACCACCAGGUGAAGAGCUCAGACUUUUUCCUGCCUCUCUCCUGGCUCCAGCACGUGGGUGGCACCACGGGCUUUGGGAAUGCAUGAUCCAAAGGGAGACACAUUCCUGGCCCCCCCUCCCACCCCCUUGCAGCUGCAGUCUGUCUUUUUAUAGAAUAAUUUCGUUUCUUCUGAAUCCUGGGCUGACUUUUUCUGGAAAAAGAGUGACCUGUACCUUGUCCUUCUCAGCUCUGUAAGUGCCAGACCUGAAUAAACAUGCUCCUGUUGGUACCUACGGUGGGAUGUGUGCUGUGUUUCCUUGCCCCAGGCAGAGAUUAGGAAUUCUCUUAUGGAAAAUCCAAACCUUUGGGCCUCUCACCCUCCUGAGCAGCUUUUGAGAGCUUCAUUUCAACGUUCCCUUUCACCUCUGAGCAGCAAGUGCAUCUCUGCUCCCUGUUGCUGUCCUUGCUGAUUAACCCUCCUGGGCCUGCUUGCCUCAGCUCUCUUGGGAAUCGCUUUUUCCAGGUGAAUUUUAGUGAAAAAAUGCCAGGUUUUGAGGGCUGAAUCAACCCCAAUGGAGCAAACACAGCAGGAGCAGGACCUCUGGAAGUUCAUCUGCAUCUUACAAAGACUUGGUGCCUCAGUUUCCCCAACUUUGGACUUGUGAUGGUGGGAGACAACAACGCGGAUCCCUAAAAGAACCGGGUCUGUCUGCAAAAUUCAGUGGAGUCACAGGCCAAGAUCCCAAUAUUCAGAUCUCUGGGCUCGACCUUCAAUGCCUGAUGGUGCACAUGGACCUGCUGGGGGUGACUUCUUCUUUCCUGCUGUCCCCUCAGCUCCCAGGAUCUUCCCAGCAUUGCUCCUGGAAGUUCUGAGCUGUCCCAUGGGAGAUUUGUCCUCCUGCCAUCUCUGUGUCAUCCGUCCUGCCUGCUUUGCUCACCUGUGGACCUGCCAGACGCAAAACCAAACCAAAAUUCAGCCUUAAAGUUCCAGUUGAAAGCUUGUUGUCACUUCCACUGGUUGAUCAGAGGUGCACUGGGCUUUUUUUUUCUUCUUUCUAGCAGCAAAAAUUAGGUGGUUGGCACUCCUUGGCCCUGCCUUCCUUGUGGUUCUCCUGUUUUGUGUCAAAAUCCAACCUAAAGCUCCACACACUGUUCAAUUUUAUCUCUGUCCCCCCUUAAAUGAGUUGACAAACAGCUUCUUUUGAAAGAUGGUGUAGAAAUAUUGGCAGCAAAGGUUGUUUCAUGGUUUUUAACCCCUCCUUCCCCCCGUGUUUUAAUUAAAUGACACGUGUUAAUGACAGGCUUCCUGACAGGAGGGACCGGUGGUGAGGAUGUGACCUGCAAUUAAUGAGGAGUUUGGGAAGGAUGAAUCACUUGUGUGGGUCCUCAGAUGUGCCUUCCUCUGGGUCAAUCAUCCUCCCUCACCUUCUGGGACCUGCUGGGGCCACGGGGCCCCACAAACCUCUGCUAUGCACGUGGAGCACAGGGAAAACUGGGGAAAAACUUCCUAAAAAUAAGGUGAACGUUCCCCAGCUUCCCUGUGCCUUGGCCUUCCUCCCAGGAGGGUUCCAAAGCUCCUUGCUUGGGUUAAUUUGUUCCUCAGCACUUGGCUGUGACACCGAGGUGGCACCCAGGGUGCUCUGCCUUGAAAUGAUGGGGCUGUGACUCUUUUCUGGCCACCUGAUAACAGGUUUGGGGGUUGAUUUUGGACUUAAAACACCUCUAGGAAAGAGCUAAACUUCAAGCCAUGAGCACAGCUGUGUCCUAAAGCCUGACCCAUUCCUUUAGGAGGCUCCUGAAGGUGCCAAACUGGACAAACCUGAAGCCACAAGACCUGGUUGUCUCUUCCAAAAGCCAUUUCCUUCCUAUCUCAGCGUUCCAGGGGCUGCCGGUGCCAAGGAUUUGGUUCUGAAGGGGAGCAAAGGCUGGUGGGAGGAGCAUUCAGAGGCUGCUUAUCCCAUAAAAUAACAAUUUAUAUUAAUGACAUUGCCAGGGGACAGAGCUGAAGGUCAUUCACUCGUGGUUUUGAGCUAUAAAUGAUGGAUAAAUUGCAUAUUUUGGAGAUUUGUUUUCCCUCUUCACUCCCUUUUUGUCUUCCCUCCUCAUGUGCUAUAAUCCUUAUGGAAAAAAGAGAUAUUUUCAGUUUUGAACACAUGUGCAAAGAUCUCUUUGACAGAUUUAAGUAUGUUUGAGAGAGGGAGGGUGUGACAGCUCGUCACAGUUUAAUCCUGAGCAUUUUAUCACCAAUUCUUCCAAACCUCCCAAUUUCUGCUCCUGCCACAGAGGGUUUUUUUUGCCCCCAAAAUCCCCGGAAUGAGAAUCCAUGUGAGAACCUCAGCUGUUGUAAAGCCCAGGAGGGGAAAAAGGCCUGAAAAUGGGCAGCUGAAGUGAUUAAAAACAUUAAUAAUAAGACAAUAAACAGGAAGAACCCGGCGUUUAUAAAGUGAUAAAACCUGUGGGUUGAUGAACCAAGUGCCGGAUUUGGAACUUGAGGGCCGUGGUGGGACAGCCCUGAAGUGCUUUGGAGGUGUUUAUGUGGACUUUGGAAUUAAGAGACAGAAAUCUGAGCGGAAAACUCAGAUAUUCACCUCUUCCCACAGGACAAGAGGUUACGAGGGGAGGCAGCUUUGCUCCCUAGAAGCCUAAAAUAUCCUGGAAUAGUUUUUACUGGAAAAGAAGAAGAGCUUAAAUGAAAUACUUACCCGUUUUGGAGCAUGUUCAUGAGAGAAAAUGGGUUCAGUGCUUCCAUGCUGGAAAUGGCUGUAUUUCAACAACCAUCUACCACCAAGGGCUCUAAUUUUUUUUUUUUUGGUGUAUUUUCCAAAAAAAACCACUCAGAAUUUAUUGUGGCAUCAGCCCUUUCCACCCAAAUUCUGGGUGUUUGCUGUUUGCCAAGAAAGAAGGACUUUAAAAUGAACCGAGUUCUUCCAGGUUUUUUUAAGAAUUGUGGGUUGUUUUUGUUGUUUUUUUUAAAGGGCAAAAUGUCUUCUUUUGGAAAAGACAAACCUGAGGUGGGGGAAUUGUACAAACAGAAGGAAUGAUGUUUAAUUAUUACUCCAAGGAUCCACCUCGUUACUCCAAGAGUGUUCUUUCUCGGUGUUGAUUUACUCUGGUUGGGGGUUCUUGGAAGGGAUUUCUCUCCCAGGGACCUUAUUUUCCACAGAAGAGGCUUUGAUUCUAUCACCCCUGUGGGAAGCCUGGUAGCUCUGUCUGGUGUCUGUGUGUCCAAGGAAUGAGUUCUGGGCGUCUGUGCCCUCUGGGAAAGGCAGAUGUGCUGCACAUCUGGAUAUGUGGAGGUUUAGGGUCCUCAGUGGGGUCUCGGGAUGCUCGGGAUGAAAGUGGCUCUGAGUCCUUCCUUGAUCCCGAAGGAGUUCUUUCACCCCUGGAAUGGGAUCUGAGCUGGAAUGGGAUCACAACCCCCCAAUCUGACGUUUUGGGAACCCAGGGAAGCGAAGCCCUGGGUUGGUCCUGCCAUCUGCUGGUUCUUCCCAGACUCGGGAGAGGAGCUUUGAAGCCCCAAACUCAGAAAUCAAGGAGGAAGAGCUGCCUUUAACCAAAUAACUGCACAAAAAGCAGAGCAUCAGCAACAUCAGAGACAGAUUAAAGGUUUUAAUUCAUCCAGCUUUGCUCUGAUAGUGAAAAUUGAGAAAUAAAAGGCUUAACAGGCUUCCCAGGUCCAAUAUUUUCCGAGAGAAUGCUUUUUUUUUUUUUCCCCAGCCCCAAUCUUAUUGUUUCAUCAAAACUGAAAUGGAAAUCUAAUAAGCCAGUAAAGUGUUGCUGAAAAAAAAAAAUCAGAAUAUUGAUACCUUUUAUUUCAGCUUUGUUGGAUGAUCUGGUUUCACUGGGAUGGUUCCACUGAGACGUUGGUUUUACUAAUCCAUAGGUGUGAGAUUUGUAACUGUGUAUUACCUUUGUUGUAACGGAAUAAGCAGGAUAAAGCAGCAUCAAUUCCUUUAAAUAUAUUAAUGUAAGUACAAGUGGAGUGUAUGUCACAUAUUGUUUCUUAUAUUCUAAUAAAAAAAUAUAUGGAAUUAAUAAAGAGACACUUGGAA